AGAAGAUGAUGAUAGAGAUCUAAACCACAGAUCGCAGAAGAUGGUUGAUGACUGAGUGUGUGUUGUGACUCACUCCAAUGACGGGAAGCCAAACUGGUCAGCUAGACCUUUCUGUUAUCCUCUCCCUUACCAUCCUACCAGGAAGGAACCGGCUAUGACUCCAUGCUACCCGGGACUCUGAAAGCAACUGACUGUGCACCUGCAGGUCCUUCUGGGAGUGGGCCUGGCCGUCUUCUGCUUCUGCCUGAUCCUGGGCUGCGUUCUGUGCUGGCGGCGCGGGAAACCCCGCCCCCCCGAGGACAAAGAGGCGGCGAUGUCACUUCCUCCCCUGCCCGCCGAUCACGUGAACCUGGCCCUGAGCGGCUCCUCCCCCUUGGCCGUGACCGUCCCCGUCAAGCAGCAGUACGAGGAGCUGGAGGGGGACGUGCUCGAGUACCCCUCCCCCUACGGCUGCUCCUCCCCCUCCCCCUCCCCUCCCCCCUCCCCUUCUGAGGACGAUUUCGCCGCCCUGCCCAGCUCCCCGCGGCCCCGCGCGGCGUCCGAGCUCAACGAGCACCCGAAAUCCCACUUCCCCCUCCGCAGGUUCAGCACCCCCGCCGGCUCCUCCUACAAGCCGGCGGUCCACGGCCGGGCCUCCCUGCCCUCCCUGCCCAAGCUGGGCCUGGUGUCCAAGACGCGGCGGGCGCUGGAGCGGCGCUGCACGGUCACGGGCGACAGCUUCCUGGACGGCGAGCGCAGCCGGCUCCAGCCAGGCCCCGCCCCCGAGGGCUCGCCCUCCGCGCUCCGGUACGGCUCCGGCUCCUGCCGCAAGCCGCCGCUCCGCCUCCACUUCACCCUGCUCUUCUCGCCGGCGCGCGGCACGCUCACCGUCGCCGUCCUCGGCCUGCUGGGGGCCUCCCGCCGGCUGGGCGGGGUCUUCGUGCGCGCCUCCCUGCCCCCGCUCUGCCCCGCCCCCCUGCAGUCCGCCGCCCGGAGGCGGAGCCUCAGCCCCGAGUUCCAGAGCCAGACCUUCGUGCUGCAGGUGGGCUCGGUGGAGCAGCUCCGCGGCUGCGCGCUGCAGCUGGCCGUCUUCGCCCGCGACUUCUCCGGCCUGCGGGAGGCGCCGCUGGGAGACCUGGAGCUGCCCUGCGGGGAAAUAGACUGGGAGCCUGACUACGCCAUUGCUUUCACCAAGGAGCUCAGGCCAGCCAAGUACAAGCUGAGAAAGAGCCUGAGCUCCGUGGAUGCGUUGAGUCGGAAGGAGCCCGUCUGCAUGCCCCGGGUCCUGGGUCAGCUCUUCGUCCUGCUGCAGUAUCAGACGCUGGCCCAUCGCAUCAAGGUCAUGGUCCGCAAGGCCGAGAACCUGGCCAAGCUCACCAGAAUGCCCGGGGCACCAGACCACUAUGUGGUGAUAAACCUGCGUAAGAAGGGCGUGGCGAUUGGCACCAAGGAGACGAAGGGAGCCGGCGGGUACAAUGCCGUGUGGAACGCCCCUUUCUUGUUUGACCUACCACCUGGGGAUGUCAAUCAACUGCCCCUUGUCUUGGAGUUCAUUGUCAUGCAGGGGCGGAUUUACACGAAGGGCAGCGUUCUGGGCCGCGUCCUGAUUGGCCGUGAGGCUCCAGAGACAGGGCAGACACACUGGAAGGACAUGUGCAGCCGGGGGCAGGUGGAGACAGCCCGCUGGCACGCCAUCCAGCCCGACUCACCUUAGAGCAGAAGGGAUAUCCUUGGACCCGUAGCUCCACCCACCAGAUUCAAAACCCCUCCCCCUACUCUUAAUAAUCUCUCCUUUCCCACAUAGGGAACCCUGAGCCAAAAGGGCGGGGGCUGGGGCAGGGCCGUGGAGAGGGCAAGGGGGCUGUGUCCUCUCCCACAGCGGGCCUGACCCCCCUAAAGCCAGACCCAGCCCUGAAGGUCCUGCCCGGUGAUCUCACAUCUAGAGACCUGCUGGCACGCAGAGGCCUGACAGUGUGCCAGGAAGCCAGGGGUACUCAGGUGAGGGACGCUGGUUGGAGGCAUGGGUGAUGCUCCGUAUCACACAGACCCACAGUGGUGUCUGCACUGUUGUGUCAUUGGGAGUCAGACAGAGCCAACGCUUCCGUCCAGCUGUUGCAGCCCCAUUAUGUGUUUCACAUAGUGUACAUGAGUACAUACUUUUUAGGCAUGCUCUACAAACACACACACACACACACACACCUUUGGAGACAGUUUUCCUUCCACCAAGGAAGGAAAACAAUAUCCUCCAAGUGAAAGAAUAGUUCCUGGGGGUCUGUUCCCUUCUUGUGGGCUGCAGUGUUAUCCAAACAAUCUGUUGACAGUCAUAGUCUUUAUAACUUUGUGAAGUGGAGUUUUUAGGUUGUGUUUUAUUGAGGUUCUCUAGCACUUGAGUGAUUUUAAAGAUUUGCACUUUGUUUUUCCCCCAAACAAUUGAAUUGUUCAUAAACAAUCAUCUUCAUAUCUCAUCUUCCAUCAUACUCUCCUUAUGGAGUCACAUCCUAAAACCCACAGGGUUGUCUAUCACAGUGGCAUGUAAAAGUUUUGGCACCCCUACUAAAAUUUGAAUGUUUUGAAAAGUUAACACAACCUCUGCAGGGAGCGAACCUUAACAUGACAUUUCUGUAAAUUGUAAUGCACAAUUCAUUUUAAUCUGCUGAAUUCAACAGACAAAAUGAAAUGCUAAAUGUGGCAUAUGCAGAAAUGUGGCCACCUUGUCAGUCAGUUCUUUGUAAUGUCUGCUUUGGCAGAAAUCACAACUUCCAGUCAAGUUGGGUUGACUGGAAGUUGGGUGUCAAUGAUCCCGAGUUGUGAAAGGAAACUUGAAAAAAAUCUGUGCGGAAAGUUUGUGCGCCCCCCAGCGGCCUGGAGUGUUAUAAAUAGAAGGACGCGGAGUUCGUAUUGAGCACACUGACAACAGUAUUUGGCAGCAUGUUCGCCUGUUCGUUCUAUUUAGAAAUGUUUAGGUUUAGGGUAUGAGUUAGGGAUAGGGUUAGUUGUUUGGAGUAUGCUGCAUUCCUUAGUCCACAGCACUUUGUUACAAAAAGUCUCUGGCUUACCAAAGUGUUGUGUUGCAUACUAUAGAAUGACUUUGAGAUGAGAUUGCAGGAAAUCUAUGGUUCUGACAACUCUUCCAUACAAAUCAUGUUUAUUAAAUUUUUGUGCACAGUGGACCAGUACAGCUCUACUCCAGUGUCACUAGGCCUUUGUGCAGGUCCUUUGCAGUGAAAUGUGUAUUUCGCUUUGCUUAGCUGACUGGUCUAUGAGUAUUUCUAUCAGAAAAUUAUCUUUGUCUUCCAGAUGUUGCCUUGACAUCAGCAGUUCCCCUAAACUUCCAUUUCUAAAUUAAGUUUCUGACAGUGAAAGAAAGUGUUUAAAUAUCUUCUUAUAGCCUUCUCUUAUUUUUAAGAGUCAAGCAUCGUCAUUUUCAAGUCCUCUGUCAGCUGCUUGGAGGACCCUGUGGUUGUUGAAAGUAAGCACAACACCCUGAGAGGUUAGAAAGGUCAGUAAGUAGAGUAUUUAUGAAGCUCUGGAAUCGUCUUCAGCUGGCUUAAUUUAAGGCCUAACAAGCCAAUCAAGUUUUGAGACCUUGAAAAUAUUAUGGAUGGAUCAUAUUGAAAAGGGUCCCUAAUCCCUUUUGAUUGAUCCAUCAUAUUAUAUGAUGGAUCAAUCGAAAGCGUCCCUAAACUUUUGCAUGUGCCACAUGUACCGUUUUAUUUCUUUCAAACUGCUAAAUUCCGGAAAUAAAUAGCAAUUGUGUGUUAAAAAAUACGUAAUAUUUGUAUGUAGUGUUUAAGUUCUGACCCUGCUGAUCUCUCACUUGGAGAUUUAACAAAACAAAGCAAUUCGACUAGGGGUGCCCAACCUUUUACAUCAUCUUCAAGUUGGAGUUAAACCCCCAAACCUAUGCAUAUCAUUGGAAAUGUCAUUGGUACUGUCAAAUUAAUGCACCACUCUUCCCAGAGACAUACCCUAAACAAGUAUACACAUUCCAUUGGAAAUAUUUCAGUUCAUUUGUAUUCUCUGCCAAAAACACACCCCCAAAACCAUCAGUGUCUUCCAUAAGUUCCCAAAGUCAUUCACUUUCCAUGCCAGAGUCACACCCCAAAAUCAUCUACAUCUUCCACUGUACACAUUCUCCUCAGAAUACCUACAUAUCUUGCUGGAGCUGCACUCCCAAAAUCAACCUGUUAUUUAAUUCUGUUGGAAUGCUGUUUAGAACUUAUUUUAAAAUGUUCAAUGUCUUUCUUCAAGGAUAUGAAGUUUCUUGUGUUAAGAAGAUUUGAGAAUUCUGUUUACCGCUUUUAAAUGGAGAUCACUUAUAGCUAAAAAAAUCAAUUCUGUUGUGUCAUGGUAUUACUUUGAAUUAAAAUGAUGCAGUUUAAAAUAAAA